CCCUCUCCCAUGUGAGGGCAGAGUCAGCUGACUGAUCACCUGACUGGGGCUGCAGAGCAUUGCCUUGUUCCAGGAAGCAGACCAUGAUGGGGGCCCUGCUAUUAUGGAGUCUCUUGCUGUGCUCCCUGAUCCAGCCAGACUCGGCUUUAAUGAGGUGAGGCAGCUCCCAUGGGUGGCAAGGCAUCAUGGGAGUUGUAGUUGUGCUGUAGCUCAUGGUAUCAGGCAGGAUAGGAAUACAUGGAUCAAUUAGUAAUGUUCAAACUGCAUUAAGACAGUCACAAAGAUAAGGUGUUAACAGGAUAUGGGGGGCUGGGGGAGGGGGACACACAGGGGGACUGGGGGACACACACAGGAUAUGGGGGACUGGGGGGGGCACACAGGAUAUGGGGGACUGGGGGGACACACAGAAUAUGGGGACUGGGGGACACACACACAGGAUAUAGGGGACUGGGGACACACACACAGGAUAUAGGGGACUGGGGGACACACACAGAAUAUAGGGGACUGGGGGAGGACACACAGGAUAUAGGGGACUGGGGACACACACACAGGAUAUAGGGGACUGGGGGGGACACACAGGAUAUAGGGGACUGGGGGAGGACACACAGAAUAUAGGGGACUGGGGGAGGACACACAGGAUAUAGGGGACUGGGGACACACACACAGGAUAUAGGGGACUGGGGGGGACACACAGGAUAUAGGGGACUGGGGACACACAGGAUAUAGGGGACUGGGGACACACACACAGGAUAUAGGGGACUGGGGGACACACACAGAAUAUAGGGGACUGGGGGAGGACACACAGGAUAUAGGGGACUGGGGACGGCUGACAAGAAGAAGAUACAAAUCAGGAUCAAAGGCCAGCUGUUAUAAUAGAGCAUCCUGACAUUACUCAAUCCAACUGUGUGGUGUGACACAGGAUAUAGGGGACUGGGGGACACACACACAGGAUAUAGGGGACUGGGGACACACACACAGGAUAUAGGGGACUGGGGGACACACACAGAAUAUAGGGGACUGGGGGAGGACACACAGGAUAUAGGGGACUGGGGACACACACACAGGAUAUAGGGGACUGGGGGGGACACACAGGAUAUAGGGGACUGGGGGAGGGCACAGGAUAUAGGGGACUGGGGACGACGACAAGAAGAAGAUACAAAUCAGGAUCAAAGGCCAGCUGUUAUAAUAGAGCAUCCUGACAUUACUCAAUCAACUGUGUAGUGUGACACAGGAUAUAGGGGACUGGGGGACACACAGGAUAUAGGGGACUGGGGGGGACACAGGAUAUAGGGGACUGGGGGGACACCGGAUAUAGGGGACUGGGGGGGGGAGAGACACAGGAUAUAGGGGGGAAGGGUACGCAUUAACCCAUAUCAGUAAUAGUGUCAUGACAUCAGGGGUUAAUCUGUAAGUAACGUGUAAUAGUGAGGUUGGCCACCAGGUGGGGUAAAUAGUUCUGAUGGAAUGUUUGCACAAGUAAGUGAAUAUGUGAAGCUCUAAUUAGACAUUUCACAACCUGAAUGAAGACUGUUAAUGUAAAUCAUUCACAGAAAGUACUUAUACCGGGCGACCUUUAGUUAUAUACGUGUGUAGAAUAGCUCUGCCCAGGUAUUGCAUAAUACGUAGUGUUACUGAGGGGCUCACUGUGAGCACUCAGUCAAUAUGUCACACUUUAGAUAAUGACGUAGUGUUUUCUGGUUACUGGACACAUAUGGGAUAAGGGACGUCAUAUUGACCCUUAGAGGCUUAUUACUUUUUAAUUUUGCUGCUGGAUAGCAAGCGCUAGCCAGCUGCCACUUGGGUAACCCUUUCACCGCCAAGGGUUAACUACGUGCCCACUGGCUGCUAGCGCUGGCAAAAAAGCCAGUUAGACCAUUUGUAAAGCUUCAUACUGCCAGAUACAUUUGCUCCUAAAAUAUAUAUUUCUUUUUCUUCUUCUCUUAGACUGGUGUGUCCUGAAUUUUCUGAAUCCUAAAAAAAAGUGAUUUUAAUCCAGCCAGUUAAUGCAGAUUUGUUCACGCUGGCUGAAUUGUGACAAUUGCUAUUCCAGUUGAAAUUCAGAUAUUUUCAUCCGGCGUUUAUUGAAUAACUCUGAUAGUUUCCUUUAUCAGUCACUUGCUUGUCAAACACGUACUUUAGAUCGUGUUAAAAUUUUACACCCCUGCUUAUAGCGAGUGAGAAUCUGGUGUUUUCCAGCCGUUUUGUUUAUUUUUGGACCCAGGUACAAUUUGUUAUGAUAAAAUAUUCCUUUUCUUGCUUUCAUUGGCAGCUUAUACAUGUCACGUUUAUUGGAAACCUUUCUAGGGAGCGCAUACUUCUAACCAAAGAUACUUGUUUUGAUUCAUUGUUUAAAGGACCACUCUAGGCACCCAGACCACUUCAGCUUAAUGGGUGCCAGGUCCAGCUAGGAUUAACCCUUUUCAGAGAAACUGCUAUGUUUAUAUUAGGGUUAAUCCAGCCUCUAGUGGCCGUCUCAUUGACAGCCGCUAGAGGCGCUUCCGCGCUAAGACUUCCGUGCUGUGAAUGCUUUCCUAUGGACUGGCUGAAUGCGCAUGCUGCUCCUGCUGCGCAUUCAGCUGAAGAGGCGGAGAGGAGGAGGAGAGCUCCCCGUCCGGCGCUGGAGAAAGAGGUACGUUUAACCACUUCCUCACCCUACAACACGGCGGGAGGGGGACCCUGAGGGUGGGGGCACCCUCAGGACACUAUAGUGGUCCUUUUAAGAAAACAAAUGAUAUUUACAGUUCCGUGCUUUCAUUUCACACUGGUUGGAAUCCACUCUCCCACAGGAAAACCGUUCUCUUCCUGUGUGCUGCUAUUUAAGUGAUCAUUGUUUAGCAGCAGUACUUCCCCAACUGAAGAUCUUUCUGCUUUUACUGGCAGCAUGAUCGAAGGAGAUGAAGAUGCAUGUGUGCCGGUAAUGACCGCUAAUGUUGUUCUAAUGUAAAUACACUGCAUCAUGCAAAGCUGCAGGAUCCUCAGUUGGGAACGUUUUUGCUCCUGAACACAAAUCAAUCCAGCGCUCUGGGAGGAGUUCAGGGUUUCCUUUAAAGGGACACUAUAGUCACUAAAACACCCUUAGCUUAAUGAAGCAGUUUUGGUGUACAGAUAAUGUCCUUGCAGUCUCACUGCUUAAUUCUCUGCCAUUUAGGAUAUAAAUGACUUUUGUUUCUGUUUAUGCAGCCGUAGGCACACUUCCCCUGGCUGUGACUGACACAGCCUGCAUGAAAACAAAAUGGUUUCAUUUUUAACUCAAUUCAAAUGUUUUUAUCUCCUGCUCUGUACAUUAGACUUUAUUCACACAGGAGGGUCCUGCAGGCUAUUAACAGAGCAGGAGAUAAGAAAUUCUAAAUAAAACAGAAUUUGCAAUAAAGGAAGUAUAAACAUUAGAUGACUCUUUCCAGGAAGUGUUUAGGAACGCUGUGCAAGUCACAUGCAGGGAGGUGUGCCUAGGGCUGCAUAAACAAAGUGAUUAACUCCUAAAUGGCAGUGAGACUGUAGGGGCAUGAUCAAUACAUCUAUUAAUGUGUUUUUUUCCCUUUAUUUCCCUGCCUAGUCCUGGCUUCCUUAUUCACAGGUGUAUCUUUGUUUUCUGUAAACAUAAUGAUUUUAAAAGUUCAGACUGGUGUUGGAUGUCUCGGAAUACCCAAACACUCCUACUAUAACCACAGAGCAUAUGAUCAUAUUAGCAGGCACCGACCUCCCAUGUAAUGAGAGUAUACCUGCUGUGAUCCAGAACUUUGGAACUGUUGACCCGGUUUGCUCCAGUGCUGGAGGAGAAAGAACUUUCACUGAAUACUUACUGGCUGAAUGCUAUCUUAUAUUUUCCCACUAAACAAUAAAUGGAGGUGAAUCUAUAAACACAACACUGCUAAUGGCAGCUUUAAAGGGAUACUAGAGUCACCAGAACCAAUACAGAGUAUUGUAUAGUAUACAGCAUAAUGUACAGUAUACAGCUUAUUGCAUUUGUUCUGGUCAGUAUAAUCAUUCCCUUCAGGCUUUUUUUGCAGUAAUACUGUGCUUUCAGAGAAAAGGCAGUGUUUACAUUACAGCCUAGUGAUACCCCCACUGGUCUCUACUCAGAUGGCUACUAGAGGUGCUUCUUGGGGCAUUGCUGCACAGUGUGACUGACAUUCAGUGUCUUCACCCUCUACAUGCAGACACUGAACUUUCUUCAUAGAGAUGCAUUGAUUCACUGUAUCUUUAUGAGGAGAUGCUGAUUGGCCAGGGCUGUAUUUGGCUUGUGCUGGCUCUGCUCCUGAUUUGCCUCCUUGACAGUCUCAGCCAAUCCUAUGGGGAAGCACUGUGAUUGGCUCAGAGAAUAACUUCUGAUGGUUUCAGCCAAACAGGCAGAUUAGGGGCAGAGGCAGCAACAGACUUAAAUCCAAGUAAGAGUUGACUAUAUUUAGGGAGGCAAGGGGGGGGGAGUGGCUAGAUAGUGGAUUUAACAUUAUAGGGUCAGGGAUACAUGUUUGUGUUAGAUGUAAUAAAUGUUUGUGUUCCUGACCCUGUAGUGUUCCUUAAAGUUUAUUUAUAAGUGCAGGAAAGCCCUUCUGUCAUAAUGAUUUGCACAAAGCGAUGCAUUCAAUGUCUCCUAUUUUAUCCACAGGAUUCCCCUAAAGAAGUUCCAGUCAAUUCGCCGUACAAUGUCGGAAGCAAGUGGGGACUUGCGGAAAUUGAUUUCUGACCAGGGGAAUCAAAAAUUUAUCUCUGCCUUUCCCCAGGCUGGUAGUCCCACACCAGAAACCUUGCUGAACUACCUUGAUGUAAGCAUUGGUGGGCGUUUCAUGGGUGACUUGGUGAACAAUAUACCAAUGUCUAGUAGAACCUAUAUAUGGCAACUCUUCACACAUUGUUGAGUUUUGGUUAAAUGCUACAUAGCAGAGGAUCAUGGGAACUUAAAGGGACACUAUAGUCACCAGAACAACUACAGCUUAUUGAAUUUGUUCUGGUGAGUAGAAUCAGUACCUUCAGGCCUUUUGCUGUAAACACUGUCUUUUCAGAGAAAAUGCAGUGUUUACAUUACAGCCUAGUGAUAACUUCACUGGUCACUCCUCAGAUGGCUGUUAGAGAUCCUUCCUGGGUUAUGGCUGCCUAAAAUGCAUCCAAACAUUCAGUAUCUCCUCCCUCUGCAUGCAGACACUGAACUUUCCUCAAAUACGUUGAUUCAAUUCAUCUCUAUGAGGAGAUGCUGAUUGGCCAGGGCUGUGUUUGAAUUGUGCUGGCUCUGCCCCUGAUCUGCCUCCUUGUCAGUCUCCUCAGCCAAUCCUAUGGGGAAGCAUUGUGAUUGGAUCAGGCCACCACUUCUGAAUGUGUCAGAGGUCAGAGGAAGUUCACUGGCAGAGGCAGCAGCUUCAGACUUGAAUACAAGUAAGAUUUUACUAUCUUUAGGGAGGCCAAGGGGGCUAGAUAGUGGUUUUAACACUAUAGGGUCAGGAAUACAUGUUUGUGUUCCUGACCCUAUAUGGCUCCUUUAACAUCUGAAACGUUGCUGCUACCAUUCUGCAGAGGCAAAACCAUUAAGUUUUGGGUUAGUGUCACUAAUUCAGCAAUCUCUGUGGUGUCUUACUCCUGCAUAGGUUUACGGAACAAUACUGGCACCAUACCCACGUCAAUGAAUUAAAGUGGUUAUGGUGUUUGGAGUCCAUGGGUGCUUUGUCCUACAUUUCUGUUCACUCACUCUUUAGUAGACAUUCUCGGUCCCAGGCCGUCUGAAGCUUGGCUGUACACCUUGCACCGUACCAAGUGAUACAAGAGAGAGCCAAAAUUUCCCAAACUAUCACUGCCUGCUACCCAAGGUAUGGUGUGAAGCAGACCAUAGUUAUGCCACUAUUCAUCUUUUGAGACUUUAGUGAACUGUUAGUAGUAAAUGCGAGACCCAGUGCCCACGGGCUACAGACACCAUAACCACUUCAACCCAUCCAACCCAGUGUUUGCAUACUUUUACAUAUCCAAUAAGUGUAAAGCCCUGGGAUGUAUUCUCUUAUCAAUAUUUAUUUAUGUCCGCAAAGCACUAUAACUGGCUAACUUGGUCUUUACGUUUUCUUCCCACUCAGGCACAGUAUUAUGGAGAGAUUGGAAUCGGGACUCCUCCCCAGAAAUUUAUGGUGAUAUUUGACACGGGAUCUUCUAACCUGUGGGUACCAUCAAUACACUGCUCAAUAGUGGACAUUGCCUGCUGUAAGUAACUUACUGGGCUCCACUGAGACAAGACUGGGAUAUUUUAUCUUAAAUAGAUGCUGCAGAUCAUAAUCAUAAUGCGUUAAGGUAUCCUUUUGUACUAAGUGGACGUUUUAUUAGAUCAGAGCCCUCAAAAUGACAGCCCAAAAAUCCUGCAAUCUCUAGGUUAGACAGCACUAAUAACAUGUUUGCAAUCUCCUGGCUUCUUUUCUAGAAUCCCCAACCUGUUGGAACAGUGCUGCUCACUCCAGCAAUCCAGUUCCUCACCUGCUAUGCUCCGAGCCGCUCUCCCCACUGUCUCUGAUACUGUUGUUUUGUGUCUGUUUGUUAUUUGUUUGUUUCCACUCAAUGUUCUGUCCUUGAGGAGUUAAGUCAGUUGGUCUAUGCAGCCCUAGUCUCACCUCCCCUGCAUGUGGCCUACAUAGUCUUCCUACACAUUUCUGUUUAUAACCUGGUAGAGCCUGCAGGCACCACCUGGGUGUGAUUAACACUUAGUUGACAAAACUACAGAUAAAAGUAAACACAAUGUGCUGUAACAUCUAAUUAAAAAUGAAACAAUUUUUUUCAUGCAGGCUGUGUCCGUCACAGCUUGGGCUCCAUAAAUAGAAACAAAAGUGAUUUAACUCCUAACUGUCCUAGAAUUGAGCAGUGAGACUGCAGGGGCAUGAACUAUACACCAAAUCUGCUUCAUUAAGCUAAAGUUGCUUUGGUGGCGAUAGUGUCUCUUUACACUUUGAUUUUGAAUUCUCACUUUAGUGAAUAAUAGUGAGUUUGCGUUGAAUUAAACGUCAGCCUGACGGUAUGCAGUCUGUACAGGUUAGCUGGUGUUAGUACAGCAGGUGACAAUACUUGCUAGACAUGUUUUACUUGAACCAUCUCAUCAAACAUAGGGAUGUUACUUGUGAAUUAAAGUUGGCUUGGGUGUUGGCUCUCUUCAACUUAUUUCAGGAGCAUCAAUACAGUAGGACCUGCUUAUUAAACCAAAUUAUUGACCUAUAAACGAUGCUUUAGAUGGAAGUCUACGUCAUAUAUUUCCCAAAAUUCUCUGCGUGUUUAAACAAGUGCUAGAAGGCUUCAGACGAACAUUACUGUGCCAAAGCUAUUGAUUAGAGGAGCAGUAUGUGGAAUUUAGAUAUAACUGAUUGUACAGCGCUACGGAAUGUGAUGGCGCUAUAUUAAUAAUAAUAUAACUGAUAACAUUAUUAAAAAUGUAAUUAAUAUCCAAUGCCAGAAGCACUAUGACGUUAUUGACUUAUGUUAGCCGGUCUGACUGCCUUUAAUAGUCCUUUCCAUCAAUAUGGUUCACUUACUGAACAUCGAAUCAUUGUGAAUAAUAGAUUAAGGCAGAACUAGGUUAACUGGUAAACUCCUCUAUAUUGACACGUUGCAGCCUUGGUUUUUCAAUUCUCUUUACAGUUUGCAGUUGGUGCUCAGUGAAUAAACGCCAUAAUGGAGCCAUGUUUGUUUGUUCGCCUAUUUCAAUAUUUGUGUGGGAUCUAUUCACUGAACUCAUUUUGGACAAUUGACAAAACAACUGAAUAUUUCAGGCCAAACCAGGCAAACUGCCUCUUUCCCAGCUCAAAUCUUUUGGCCUAAAAGUUCCACAAUUUUAAUGAAAAAUCUUUCCAUGAUUUGUUUAUUUAACUUAAAGCAGUGGUCCUAGCAAAUGUAUAGCCUUUUCAAUAUAAAACCACCCGGCAGUCAAACUCUUGUCAUUCGUUGCGGAGGUCUCGCUUCAUGAGAGCACGCCUACAAGCUCUCCUCCAUUGGGGCUUUAACCCCUUAAGGACACAUGCCAUGUGUGACAUGUCAUGAUUCCCUUUUAUUCCAGAAGUUUGGUCCUUAAAGGGCUUUAAUGUUGCUUAGUGUGCAUGUGCAAUGUUAGCAUCUUCUCUGAAGACUUGGCAAGUGAUGCAAUAGGUCCUACACACUGUGCAUACAUCAACGUCAGCAGAAGGGUUUCCAGGCGUUGGGUAUGCUAUCAUAGGCAUUCUCCUAGAGAGGCAAGGAUAAAAAGAGGUCCCAUGCUCAAGAAGGCGGGCUAAUUGCGACGCUGGAACAUUUGGAAAGGAGGUAGCACAAAAAAACGCUGUAUCUUCAUUUCAAGACAUGGGGGAGGAGGGGUUUGGUAAGUAUUUAUGUUACUAAUUCUAUUUAACAGGUUUUCUUUAAUCCUUAUAUCAGACCUGGAAAUUGGAUCCCAGUGCUAUUUCUGUGGAUCUCCUUUAGUACAAACUGACACUGUUUGUUCUCCAGAGCCACGACAGAGAUAUAACUCAUUUUAUUUGCUAAAUAUAAUAUAAUAUAAUUUGUUAAAAAUAAUAAAUAAUUAAAAAAUUUAUUAUUUCCGGUUUCAUCUUUUUUAGACUGGGAAAAUUCAGCCUUUGUAGGAGAGUCAAUCGCCAUUGUAUGUGAAAUGUGUACGCUGUAUGUAAAACAAACAAAACAGUCAUUCAAAUGUAGAUUUGAAGUGAUUUUCUUGUCCUCAGUGGUGCAUCAUAAAUAUGAUGAUACUAAAUCCUCCACCUACGUGAAGAAUGGCACAGAAUUCUCCAUCCAGUACGGCAGUGGAAGCCUCUCUGGGUACCUGAGCGAAGACACUGUGACGGUGAGCACUUAAAACCAAGAUGGUCCUCCUACGAGUUUUAUCAGAAACCUUGAUGCUCUUUAAAAAAUAACUUUUUCUUACUUUUCUCGUUUAAUGUUUAGUGUCUGUUUAAAGGCACUAAUAGUUGUUAUGGUGUUAGGGAGCUUUGGGUGUAACCCUCAAGAUUUUUGUCAAACUUUUUUAGUUUUUUUUGGAGAGAUUUGUCAAAUCUAAGGUUGUCCCAGCAUCCUGUGCCCAGAUCCUCUGCUGCCACUGGGAUACUAACGAAUCUACAUGUUUUAUUACUGUCCAGGAGGGGGGAAAUCCGUUUCCCACAACCCUCUCUGUUUAGUUUGCAAAAUGAGUUUCAGCACUAUGUUUGAUAACCUUACAAUAGGCGAUCAAUAGGAGUAUGGAAACCAACAACUUAUAACUGUGGAUUCAUCAGACCAUAUGUACCACAAUAAGUGUGAUUACACACACACACACACACACAAAAAUAUAAAGCUUGCUCAAGGGUCCAAAAAGUCUUUAAAGGGUUAAUCUUGUCUUGCAAUUGAGAUGUAACAUCUAUGGAUACGCUGGAUUUUAUUCAUAUAAAACAAGAUUCCCUCUCCCCCAAAUAAAAACCCUUACAUCAGCAGGUGGUGGUACUCGUCUCCAAGAUGCCACAUAUAAACUUAAAUGACAGCCGUUUAGAGGUCUGAGGAUCACAGCCUGGCACACAUCGAUUCCAAGCUACAGUCUCCUGUCUGCACAAACACUCUGCCUUAUCAGCGAUGAGAUCGGGUGGGAUUUAGCACUGCAACGACUGUGGACGGUAAACGGCUGUCAUUUAAGUUUAUAUGUGGCAUCUUGGAGACGAGUACCACCACCUGCUGAUGUAAGGGUUUUUAUUUGGGGGAGAGGGAAUCUUGUUUUAUAUGAAUAAAAUCCAGUGUAUCCAUAGAUGUUACAUCUCAACUGCAAGACAAGAUUAACCCUUUAAAGACUUUUUGGACCCUUGAGCAAGUUUUAUAUUUUUGUGUGUGUGUGUAAUCACACUUAUUGUGGUACAUAUGGUCUGAUGUGUAUACUAUGAAUCCACAGUUAUAAGUUGUUGGUUUCCAUACUCCUAUUGAUCGCCUAUUGUAAGGUUAUCAAACAUAGCGUUGACACUCAUUUUGCAAACAUUAUUUAGGUAAAGAUUUUAAGGAACUUUAUUUUGUGUAUAGCGGCUUGAUUAUAUUAUUUUUAUCUCAAGAUAUUUUAUGCAGUUUUAAUUUAAUAAUAAUAUAGUUGCGCUCUCCUGUUUGAUUUUUAUCCUCUCUGUUUAGUGACUGUGGCUAUUAAAUCUCCACCUUAACCAUAUGUAUUCCAUACGCCCAGCAGCCUGCCUAACUUUUCUCCUAUGCCACAUUCUACAUGUAAAGUAAAACCAUAAAAGUGCCCAUGCCAUGCGAAACACUCACGGGUGGGUGGUAACCACUGAAUAUCCUAAUUACAAAAAGAAGAAAGGGAAUGGAAGAUAUAUAAAGAAGAACUAAAUAGUUUAAAACUUCACCUUUAAUAAAUACCAAUAAAAUAAUCAAAUUGCCAUCGGAAAAUCGUGACAUGUAUUGCCCAAACUAAAUGAUCGGAUUCCAAGUGUGGUAGGUAAUAUAGACUGUGAUAACUAUAUCAGGAUGUGGGAGGGAAUAGGGAUAGCAACUCUAUCGUAAUAUUUCAGCCAGCAGUAUGGGCUUACUCUAUUAGAGGUAGCAGAGAUAUACAAUAUGAUAAAUUGGAACUAAAACAACUGUUACAACUGUAAAGUAUCCACAUUGCACACUCUAUUGAAACUAGUAGUUACCCUAAAUAAUAUACAAAGUGAUAGAUUGUUACCAAAACUCGGUUACAACUGUAACAUCUGCAAGUAGAGCCUGCCAAAAUGCAGGUAGUCAAAAUCAGUGAUACAUAUUUUGAAUAUAGUGAUGCCUGAGAGACAGAGGAUGUGAAAUAAACGUAAUAAGUAACCCUAUCGCGCCUCCCAGGGCACCCCACUUAAUAAUUAACAUGUUAAACUAUGCCCCCCCCAGCACGUUGAAAACAGGAAGUCAAUAUACUAAUAGAUACAGUACAAGUAGGGAUGGAUAAACAUGAAUCACAUAAGAUCGUAAAGAUCAAUAAUUAUACAUUUUAUAAUUGAUAAAAUGUAUCAAUGUAAAGCUAGGUGUUCGUGAAAAGUAUUUGGUCCACGUGUAUCUUCAUGUUUUCAUCCAGCACUGGUCUCAGGAGGAACACUUCCAGACCCUGACACGUGCGUUUCAUCAGAGUAAGCCCAUACUGCUGGGUGAAAUAUUAAGAUAGAGUUGCUAUCCAUAUUCCCCUCCAUAUUUUAAGACUAUUUAGGUGAUGUGCCUCUUGAUAGUUAUCAUAUAGUCUGUGUACUUACUGUCUGGUCUCUUCGUAACUUACACCCCUACCCCAUGUGGCUGGCCUUAACAAACUCAGAACAUCUCCGAAACUUCCUUGCAAAUUUUUAUAUUUUUUAUUAUUGUGGCCCGUGCUGAUUUGUAAAGAUCAACAAGUCAGCAAAGCUUACCACUUGAAUUUGAAACUGAAUGAAGAUUAAUAUUAAAUACUAGAGCUUCAUAACUUAAUAUAGUUUUUUAUAUAUAUAUCUAUGGAUGCUAAAGUUUAAAGGACUAUGUAUCCCAGUAUUGCAGAAGACCCCCAUGCUUUGUCAAAUUUUUGUUUUGUUCCAUAGAUUGGUAACCUGGCUGUAAAGAAACAGCUUUUUGCCGAAGCCAUCAAACAGCCUGGUAUCACAUUUGUGGCAGCCAAGUUUGAUGGCAUUCUGGGCAUGGGCUACCCUCGGAUCUCUGUAGAUGGUGCCCCCACUGUGUUUGAUGAUAUCAUGGAGCAGAAACUGGUGGACAACAAUCUAUUUUCCUUCUAUCUGAACCGGUAAAGUCCAUGAGCAGCACAUUACAAUGUUUCGAUUUGAUAGUGUUGCUUAGAAUCUUUAUUAGAUCAUAUUCCCUGGGGCUACUACUGUGAGAUACAGUGCAUACAUUGAAACAUAGAACCACAAUAAAGUCCCACUUACAAGAAAUUAAUAUUAGGUUUAUCAGGCAUUUAUUAAUAGGUUGAGCGCCCCAUAGGGAACACUGUAAAAGAACAGAAGUGUUCACACUUGGUUGAUGUUAAUAUAUAGAAUCCUGCUCAGAGGACAAUAAGAACAAGCAAACCAUGCGUUUACUGAAGUGGUUUAAGUGAGUAAAAUAUGGCAAGUUGGCCUAGAGACACGAGGUGGCAUGUCACAGGGUUGAUGCUCCAGGAGGGAUAAGCCAAAUGGCAAAUGAUUUAGGUAAACUAGAAAAAUGGUCAGAAUUGUGGCAACUGACAUUUAAUGUGGAUAAGUGCAAGAUAAUGCAUCUUGGACGUAAAAACCCAAGGGCAGAGUACAGAAUAUUUGAUAGAGUCCUAACCUCAACAUAUGAGGAAAGGGAUUUAGGGGUGAUUAUUUCUGAUGACUUAAAGGUAGGCAGACAAUGUAAUAGAGCAGCAGGAAAUGCUAGCAGAAUGCUUGGUUGUAUAGGGAGAGGUAUUAGCAGUAGAAAGAGGGAAGUGCUCAUGCCAUUGUACAGAACACUGGUGAGACCUCACUUGGAGUAUUGUACACAGUACUGGAGACCGUAUCUUCAGAAGGAUAUUGAUACCUUAGAGAGGGUUCAGAGAAGGGCUACUAAACUGGUUCAUGGAUUGCGGGAUAAAACUUACCAGGAAAGGUUAAAGGAUCUUAACAUGUAUAGCUUGGAGGAAAGACGAGACAGGGGGGAUAUGAUAGAAACAUUUAAAUAUAUAAAGGGAAUCAACACAGUAAAGGAGGAGACUAUAUUUAAAAGAAGAAAAACUACCACAACAAGAGGACAUAGUCUUAAAUUAGAGGGACAAAGGUUUAAAAAUAAUAUCAGGAAGUAUUACUUUACUGAGAGGGUAGUGGAUGCAUGGAAUAGCCUUCCAGCUGAAGUGGUAGAGGUUAACACAGUAAAGGAGUUUAAGCAUGCGUGGGAUAGGCAUAAGGCUAUCCUAACUAUAAGAUAAGGCCAGGGACUAAUGAAAGUAUUAAAAAAAAAAAAACUAGAAGGCGUUUUACGGAGGAUAUUUUUUUUUAAAGUUUGUUUUCUCAUUUCCUAGGUUGAGUUGUACAGUUAUAAAACAUGAAAUCUAUUUUUGUGCACAGAUAUGGUGACUGAAAAGGAUUGACAUCGAAUUUUUUCCGCCAUUUGCAUUGUGUUACAGUAAAAUAAUGCAUGUUUUCUUUGCACAUUUAAUGUAUAACACAGCAUGUUUUUUUGAAAGUAUAUAUUACGGAGUGCCAUCACCUUUCAUGUAACAGAAAAUAUUUUAUUUGACAUGGCACAUAGACAUCUCCAAAUGGGAGUUAUGGUUACAGCCAUUUCCAGCUAAACGAUACAAAAUCUAUCUUUGUAUUUAGUGACCCGGCCUCUCAGCCUGGCGGAGAACUGUUACUAGGUGGCACAGACCCUAAAUAUUAUACCGGAGACUUCAAUUACAUGAAUGUGACCCGCAAGGCAUACUGGCAGAUACGUAUGGAUCAGUAAGUAACCCUGGGAGGUUUCGCGUUGUCUGCCUGUGUGACACGUUUUUCCCCUGAUAUUACUCCUUUGUCUUUAUUCUGUGGCUAUAAUUAGUGGUAAAAUCAUCACAGUAGAGUAAUGGCUUUACACAUAAGAAAAUAUUGCAUGUGCCCGAUACUGGCUCAAUGUGAAAUGGAAACGGACACUUUGUAUGCAUCGCCCCCUCCUGUAACACUUCACAAGCCUUUUCGUUUGUUGGUCUAUCAGCUUGUUCAUAUCUGCUUAUCCCUUUGGCAUUUCUACCGGGGAGGCUGAAGGUAGAUCCUCAAAUGAAGAACUGCACCUCCCACAAUGCUAUGCCAAAAUUAAAUCUGGAAAAGCAUCAUGGACGUUGUAGUUCUGCAGCACCUGAAACACGACCUUUUGGACUGUUAACUCUCCCCUCUAUGUUACGCCCCCAGAGGCUAUAAAGUCCUGUCUCUCGUCUUGCAGGGUGGCAGUUGGAGAUCAGCUCACUGUCUGUAAAGGCGGCUGUGAGGCUAUUGUGGACACGGGAACCUCCCUGAUUGCUGGGCCAGUGGAAGAAGUGAGAGCAAUACAGAAAGCAAUUGGAGCCAUCCCAUUAUUCAGUGGAGAGGUGAGAAUGUCUUCUAGAUCACCUUUCAUGUAAUAAAACAAGUACCAUAUUGUUAUGCUGCAUGAAGUUGGCGAAUACUGGCAUGUGAGUGGUGCAGGGUGUGGAGCUAGUCCAGAGGUGGGCAACCUUCGGCAUUCCGGAUGUUGGCUAAGCACUGCAUAAAUCUGGCAAAGCAUCAGGGGAGACGCCGCAGGUUGCCUUCCCCUCUUAAAAGGUACUUAAUAAAUAUAGACAUAAUUUCCGUACUCCGUAAUGUAACAAAGCAUCUUUGAUGUAGUUUAAAUGAAAAGUGUGCCUCAGCAGACCAGUUCGAUUUUAGUGAAUGCAGAGGAACCAAAUAAUGACACAUUAUAAUUGAUCAACCUGUAAUCUAUGAAGUCAAUUCUUAAAAGAAUGUAUACCUUGACAGAUCUAGUGAAUAACUACGUUGAGAAAAAUGUAUUUGUCCUUUCAGCCAGUAUUUUGUGCAUGUACACACAACUGCAUUAUUGUGAUCUGUAACAGAGAAGGACUAGAUUAGGAAAGCAGCCAUUGUGUUUUUUUAGUUCUACAUUGAGAUUCCAAUUGACCUAUAACACUGCUUCAAGAACUUUGUAUAGACCUAAUGUUCUAUUUUAUAAGAUAACUGGAAGUGGUAUAUUUAACGUAGCAGACUGUGCAAGGCGCGUUCUAAUCUCCGAAUGACCUGUCAAGGAGAUGGGGCUCAGACGUUCUAUAUAACAUUUCUUGGUUUCAAAAUGGAAACUGGAACUCAACUCUUCCUGCCUUGGAGAUCCAUGCCUCACGUAACAGACAAUAGUCAUGUGGGAACUUUAAAAAACAAACAAUACUUUAUCCAGAGCAGUUAGAACGAUCCGUCCACAUUUCGAUGAACAUUUGUACCAGUUUCACAUGUCACAUGGUUCUCUUGACCUGUGGCAGGGAAUAAUGUGCCUCUGGUUUAAGGCAAUGUGGAUGUAACUAACCAAUGUGUUUAUUCUCUCCUCACUUUGCAGUACAUGAUUAUUUGUAGUAAAAUUCCAUCACUACCUGCGAUCACCUUCAGCUUUGGAGGGAAGGCGUACACCUUGACAGGGGAGCAGUAUGUACUGAAGGUGAAUAUGUGAGGAUGGCUUAGUCUUUACUCUGGUGUGAGGAGCGCAAGGCGCUUGAGUGUGAGCAGCACAAACAGAAUUGUGUUUAUGUGCGUAGCUGCUAAUAUCAAAUUAACACCAUGCAAGUAGGCAAGUCAGUGACUGAAACGUACUCCAGAUAUAAUACUAGCUUUUAAAGGGACACUACCAACCAUAACCACAAUGGUUCAGUGUAUGGAUAUGUCCAACCAUUUUGGGACAUUUUGACAGUAAAUUGGACUCUUGCUAGCACCUAGAGACCACAUCCUCUGAGCUGUAGUAUUCAUUUGUUCUUCUCUGUCGUGAGUUAUUUGAAGAAGAAUUUAACUGUGGAGAUAGAGAAGGCUUUAAUUAGCAAUGAUAGUAAAUAUUUGUGGCCAGAAAAUACAGACUGAUAUCUAAGGUUCACCCCUGCCUUUGACAUCUGCAGGAUACGAACGUCAGCCUCAACUUAUGCUAAACUCAAAAUAGGAUUUAGCAAAUUGAAAAAUGGUACAUUUAAUUGCCAUAGCAACUUUACCAGGGCACCGUUCUAAUUAUCCCUUUCAAUUCCACAACAGAGCUGGAAGGCACAUAAUACACUUUAAAAUAAAUAAUGUUUUUAAAGUAGAGUCCUCCAGGAUCCAAAUUUUAAUUAGUGGGGACCCAAUGAGCAAUCCCUACCCUUCCUUCAACCAAUAGGACAUCUCGUGACUUCCAUUUUGUUAGUUGGUUUUCCCUCGCAGUCAUUGGAGUGAAAGGUCUACCUGGUAUUUUUGCCAUCCCAGGUGACCCCACGUUUUAUUUAUUGAUUUUUGCCAAUAGAAAGAGAAGAUUCACUUGUGAGAGUAUGGAGAGUUUAUAGUAGUUAAUGUGACUAAGUAUCUUUACACCAAGCUGAGGUAGGUUGUAUUUACAUUUGGUGAGGUAAAACUCAGUGACCAACACAGAAACGCAUUGGGAACAUGAGCUUAACACUUCUUAACAUAGUCUUUGGGAGCCAUUAAACGUCUCUUCAGCAGGGUAUUAUGACUUGCUAAUGAUAGUCACUAAUGUUAACAGCAGCCAAAUGGUAAAAGUUACUAACACUGAAUACGAGCCAUUCGUGUUUCCACUCCCACAACUCUUUGGUAUAUAUUACUAAAGCCAGAGGCAGUCUCAAACCAAAUCACAAAAAGGAAAGCGAAAGAAGGAAAAGUUUGUAAUCAAAGUGUCCACAUUGAUUGAAAACCAUAUAAAAUGUUUAUUUUUAAUAGAAGUAAGUUGCUGCUUCCCUCCCCAAAAUUUGAAUGCGCUGUAGUUGUAUAAAGGCCAGAUGGCUUUGAAUUUACAUAAAUAGUAGAUCCUUGUUUUAUGGUUCCUGCUAUAUGUUUGCAUUUUUUCAUCCAAGUUACAAGUGGAUAUCUAAAAUGACCCCUUUGUUGUGCACUAUGUUAGUUUGUUUUUGUACUGUCCUUUUGCCCACCCCCUUCCCCCUUUAUUUAUUUAUUUUUAAUAUCCUCAAACGCUUCUUGUUCUAUUAAACGACUUUGAUUGGUCCUUUGUUCCUAACAACUAAUGGUGAUUCAAUAUGAGACAAUAUCUGCAUUUAUAUCUGUGGUUUGACAAUAAAUGCUAACAUUCUGACACCCCUCUGUACCCACAGCUGAGCCAGGCUGGCCAAACCGUGUGUCUCAGUGGACUUCUAGGCCUUGAUAUCCCACCUCCAGCAGGACCCCUGUGGAUAAUCGGGGAUGUUUUCAUUGGACAGUACUAUACAGUCUUUGAUCGGGCAAACGACCGUGUAGGGUUUGCUAAAGCCAAGUGAUCCAUGAUCUCCACCUAGGAGCAGUAUCCGCUACAGAGCCUUCACAUCCUCAUCGAUGUGUAAAAUCUAGACAUUUUCAUUUCUCUGCAUGCACUUAUCACUGGGAGAUUUGCAAUACUAUUCCAGACACAGAAUAAUUGUCAUAGAAAUAAGUUGCCAACGUGGUUUACUCACUAAACACAGAGUUGCAGUGAAUUGAAUACACAGCUUCAGGCUAAAAUCCCCAAACUGCAACCACAAUUAAAGCUGAAUCCGUAUUGGCUUUUAUAUAUAAAAUAUAUCGCUAUAUUUUGCAAUUUGAUUUUCUAUUUACUACAUUUUAGUGAAUGAAACCCCAUUAUGAUUCCAUACUUCUUUAGUUCACUGCAUUAAUCAAUAAGGCUCCCAACUCCAACUUUUUUUAUCUCUCUGCUGUGGAAACUGAUAAAUGAACAUUAUAGUGUCAGGAUACAAACACUAUAGCUCUAAUAGUGCCACUGAGGUGGCCGGCCCCGCUCUUCCUGAAGUUGAAAAGUGUUUUACUCACCUUUUUGCAGCGCUGUGCGGGUCUUCUUUUGCAUGGCUCAACCCCCAAAAUUGACAAUCUCAGACAAUCCAAUGCUUUCCAAUUGGAAAGCAUCGGGAGGUUAUUGUGCAUGUGAAGCAAAAUACUAUCUUCACCAAUCAGCAUCUCCCCAUAGAGAAGUAUUAAAUCAAUGCACUCUAUGUGGAGUGUUCAGCGUCUACAUACAGAGCACAUUGUGUAGCACUGACCCAGAAAGCACCUCUAGUGUCCAUCUGUGUGACUGCCACUAGAGGUGUUACAGGCAGCAAUGUGAACACUGCCUUUCUCUAAAAAGGCAGUGUUUACAUUAAAAAGCCUGCAGGGACAAGCAGUAGACAACUCCAUUAAAGGACCACUAUAGUGCCAGGAAAACAUACUCGUUUUCCUGGCACUAUAGUGCCCUGAGGGUGCCCCCACCCUCAGGGACCCCCUCCUGCCCGGCUCUGGGGAGAGGAAAGGGGUAAAACAUACCUUUUUUCCAGCGCCGGGCGGGGAGCUCUCCGCCUCCGAUCCUCCCAUUUGGCUGAAUGCGCACGCGCGGCAAGAGCUGCGCGCGCAUUCAGCCGGUCUCAUAGGAAAGCAUUCAUAAUGCUUUCCUAUGGACGCUAGCGUGUUCUCACUGUGAUUUUCACAGUGAGAUCACGCAAGCGCCUCUAGCGGCUGUCAAUGAGACAGCCGCUAGAGGAUUUGGAGGAUGGAUUAACCCUAACAUAAACAUAGCAGUUUCUCUGAAACUGCUAUGUUUAUAAAAGAAUGGGUUAAUCCUAGAGGGACCUGGCACCCAGACCACUUCAUUAAGCUGAAGUGGUCUGGGUGCCUAGAGUGGUCCUUUAAGCUGUAUACUAUAUAUUAAUGUGUAUAGUUACAUUAAGCUGUAUACUAUAUAUUAAUGUGUAUAGUUACAUUAAGCUGUAUACUAUAUAUUAAUGUGUAUAGUUACAUUAAGCUGUAUAUUAAUGUGUAUAGUUACAUUAAGCUGUAUACUAUAUAUUAAGCUGUAUACUAUAUAUUAAUGUGUAUAGUUACAUUAAGCUGUAUACUAUAUAUUAAUGUGUAUACUAUAUAUUAAUGUGUAUAGUUACAUUAAGCUGUAUACUAUAUAUUAAUGUGUAUAGUUACAUUAAGCUGUAUACUAUAUAUUAAUGUGUAUAGUUACAUUAAGUUGUAUACUAUAUAUUAAUGUGUAUAGUUACAUUAAGUUGUAUACUAUAUAUUAAUGUGUAUAGUUACAUUAAGCUGUAUACUAUAUAUUAAUGUGUAUAGUUACAUUAAGCUGUAUACUAUAUAUUAAUGUGUAUAGUUACAUUAAGCUGUAUACUAUAUAUUAAUGUGUAUAGUUACAUUAAGCUGUAUACUAUAUAUUAAGCUUAAGUGGUUCUGGUGAUCACAGUAUCCCUUUAAACACAUGUUCACUUUUCUUUUUCUCCGAACUCACUAAUUCCUUUCUGACCAGAGAUUGCUGCAACUUUGCUUAGUUGUACUGGUCUUAAAGAACCUCUGUACACCAGGAUACACAUGAUUCGUGGUAAAUUAAUAUUUAGGAAUUGCUAAACUGAUGAUUAAGCAAUAUAUUAUGUCUCCCUCUCAGGGAAAGAUUUAAUUUAGCUACCGGCAGAAAUCUAAUCUUAGCCUGAUUGCAUUUUCUGUGUGGUCAAGCAUUCUGUAAUAUAAUUAGUUCUGAUAGAUCCAGCUUUAUCUAGGAGACACUUUACCAAUAACUUUACUCUUUAUAGUAUUUGUUCUCGCAAUCUGUUACAAACCCGUAAUUCACCUCUUCCUGUUGUCUCUCUCUGACCUAAAUAUCUCUUUGUAACUGAGGACAAACACAUUUAUAAAGUGUUCCUUUCACCAAAUGUGUAAAUCUGAAUGAGAGAUGCACUCAAGGCUGCAAAUGAAAACCAUCCCCUAUAAGUAUUUUGGUCAAAAGCCAUUAGAUUUAUAAAAGUUGUUUAGUGACAAAGUUGAUUAAAAAACAACAAAUAACGUCCCAAAAUGUUAGAUUAAAUACUGAGUUGUUUCUUUAAGUUGCUGAGUACAAUAACCCGAACGCUUUUUGGUUUAAGCACUACCUGUUAUGCAUUGUUAGUAGAAUUUUUAGGAACAUUUCCUGAUUUAUUUUAAGAUUGUGAAAAUCUGUUUUGAUGUUCUUUUUUCUGUUUGAAGCUGAAAUUGGUAUUUUAUUUUAAGAAAAGCUACAAAUAAAAUUUGCUGACUAAAAUUAACAAUCCUUUGGGGAUGCAAACACAAGGGUAAUUGUUUUAAAUUUAGCAAAUUAAAUACUUAGAACUGUACAAUGUAUAUAUUGUAACAAUGCUUUAUAAUUCGAAGACGUGUGGAUGGUGAUGGGCAGACUAUGGUUAUUGAGUAAAGCCAGAGAAGACACAUGGGUCACUCCGAGCAGCC